GAGACGCCCGGAGCUUCCCCCGGUUCAGCUGCGUCUGAUCGCGGAUGGUUCGGUUACUGCUCCCUGCAAGCAGGCAGCCUCAGGAGCUCCGCGGUGAUGGCGGCGGGACGAGGCGAGUUUUUUCGAAGCCUUUUGGAGGGUUUGCAGCGGCAGCCUGCCCAACGGGUUCCGGAAACGGGACAACCGAACCGCGGCAGAGGCAGGCCGCGACCCGGGGGAAGGUUUCCCGGUCAGGGGAGAGGAUUUUCGGGCCAAAGGAGGAAGGAGCGACAGAGGAAAGUUGCAACUCGAAGCUCGGGUGGCGGGACUGAAGCUAGUUCCCGUGCUGGGCCGACAAAAGAAGGCUCCCAUAGAAAAUCAUUUUGCAAGCUAAACAUACUGGAAAGUCUUCCCUCAGAGAUCCUGGUGAAGAUCCUGUCCUACCUGGACCCGUCCUCGUUGUUCUGCCUCAGCCACGUCAGCAGACUCCUCCAUCAGCUCUCCAAUGACGACGUCUUGUGGCAGAAGAUUUACACGUCAGAAUUCGGCAGUCGGAACUGGAAGCUGAAGACAUCGGAGAAGUGGGUGGAGGCAGAGGAUUGUUCGACGAGCCGCUGGAAGAGGUUGUACUUUAAAUCGAUGGCCGGGCAGGAGAUGAACAAGUGGAGGAAACCCCUGAAAGACAUCAAUCCGUACACCGGCCUGCCACGGCAGACGGAGUGGGCCCUCAGGAGCCUGAAUGUGAGCUGGGAGCUGACGCUGUGCGAGCGUUUGGGUCAGGAGCACACGCUGGAGCGGAGCCAGGCGCACUUCUUUGAGUCGUCUGUGAUUGUUCACUGGAGCGAUGGAAUCCACGUGAAGUUUCAUCACAUCAGCACCAUCCAGCUGCACGGCGUCAGGAAGGAUCCUCGGAGCAGCAUCAAAACCAGGAAAGCCAACUGGCGCUCCCUGAUCUUAAAGCUGGACACAGGAAGUCCGUCUCUUGUCAUCGGCAAAGACAAACUGAUCAAGGUGUUGCUUCUGCAGCCGGGGGUCGUCGUUGGAGUCUGGAGGGGAAAGAACCAGGUGGCCUUCAUCAUGAUCAGCCUUCACUUCCACAAGCUGGUGGAGAAAAGUCUGCUGGGCUCUCCAGCCUGCCCGUACUCUGAGCCUGUGGAGCUUCCUCCUGAGGACGACGCGGACCCCGAGCUCGGUCUCCAUGGCUACAGUUUGCACUUCGUCCUGCACAACACCGGCACUGAGAUCAUGUCGGGACACUUCCAGCAGCUGUACUGCCACAAAGCUCAGAUUCAGCGCGGCCUGGUGGAGCUCAAGGUCAUCCAGAGGUCAAACCUGUCUCAGCACAGAUCGCUAUCUGGCAGCAUCAGACUUCCCUGGAGACAUGAGGACAUGAAAGGAGCAGUGGAGAACUGCUGCAUCAUGAGCCUGACUCUGCUGGAUGAGUUCCAGAAACCGUUCUGGUGCGUCAGCACGCCCAUCCACAUCACCGUGGCCAAGACGGCCUUGUCCUGCGACUACAGCGGCCACGACUUCCAGAUGCUGUACAGGACCGCGGACGGCGAGGUGAAGAUGCUGCUGGUGUGGCUGGAGGAGCAGAAGCAGUUCUUCCUCACCGGCCUCACCGUCUGCGUUCCCGUCGCCAAAGUCAACAAGCGAUUCAGCAGGGAGUACUGAAGCUGGACGUCUGGGCGUUUCACGCAGAGUUGUUGGUUUCCAUCUGCAGGUUUGGUUUCUGUUAUUACUGUUAGCAAAGACGGGCUUGUUUAAAAGCUCGCUUCUGAAUUUCAUGUGGAUUUUUCCAAAGGUUUAAGAUUAAUUGAUUUUUAGUUUAGAGAAAAACAUAUUUUUUUACUUUUCGAUGCCAAAGAGAUCCAACAUUAAGGUUCCUGUUGGAAAUUUGCAUGAUUGAUUUGUAUUAACUGUUAAAUAUUAAUUUAAAUAAACUGUUCAAUUCACCU